AUGGGUGGAGGAAAGUUUCGCCAUCGUACCAGCAACAAGGGAGCAGCGAAAUUCAAUUCGGGAUCGGCAUGUGAGAGCAAUCCUACAAGAAGUAAGCAUCGAUCGGCAGCCACCGCUGCUCGAAAUGCUUCUUUCGGCGGAGCUGGAAUGUUGGCCGUUGAGGAUCGUCCAAUGAAUUCUGCUGCCGACGACAUGCUCUCUGCUCUUCCGAUUCAUUCUAUGGACCUCGGCUCUUCCUCAAAAAGUAUGGUGUCGGAAGGUGCUCUCUCGAAGCUUUCUGGAUUCACUGCAUGUACCAAUCCAGCUUUUGACUCGGUCAAUCGUGUCUGGAAAUCUGGGUCCUCUAUUCAAGCAGAGGUUGUCUCGGUUUUGGCAGCAAUCGCUGAAGUCAUCAAAGAGCGGGAUGGUAAAGAAACGGAUGUGGAGUAUUGCGCGGCGUUGAUGACUGCUCUCGAAGGAUCAUCAUUGGGAAAUCCGAGACGCACUGCUGCUAUCGCCUACUUGCUUCAUUUGAUUGUGAGAAAAGUGCCGAAAGAAGUGCUUCAAGCUCAAUUCCACCGAUUCGUUCAGAUUCUAUACACCAAAUUGUUGGAGAACGUGGACAGCACAGAAGGAUCCGCUUUGAAAAAUCUUAUCUCUGUGCUUGGAAUCAUCCUUCGUGCUCAGCAAGCUUCCGUGUGGGCCAGCGCGAACACUAGAAACAUGUUGGUUUCUGUUGCUGCUCUUGCUGCUCACGACAAACCAUGGGUUCGAACUAUGGCUCGUCGUGUCAUUCGUGCUGUUCUCACCGAUCCAGUAACUGCUACUGACAAUGGACUUCACCCAGCCAGCGGUGCUGUCGGACAAUUGAUAUUGAAUCAUAUCGAAAACUUCCUCGCUCGAUCUAAUGGAGACAACACCAAUGUUGUUCGUUAUCUGUGUCUUCUCGAAGGAGUCAUGCAUAAGAUGCCUGCGAACCUUUUCAAAAAGAUGGCAGAAGCUAUGCUCAAAUGCUUUGCGAUUUCCGAUUCAAUGGUCAAGUGUUCCUCUCUCCAGUGCCUCCAUCGUGCUCUUCAACGUCAACCAUGCGAUUCAGCACUUCCAACAGAGACGAAUGCACUUCUACUCACCGCUCUUCGUCAACUGGGUUCUUCGGUGACAGACGUAACUGUUACAGCAUACUGGAUGCAAGCGUUAGCGGAAGCCCACGUUUGUUUAACUGCAAAGGAUUCGAAGAAAUCUGUUCAACAAGCUUUCCAAACUCUUCCGUUGUUCGUCAAAAUUUUCGAAUCUGGAAACGAGCAACUCGCUCAAGUUACUUAUCAAUCUCUGACGCGUGUCAUCGAAAACUGUAUACAAGAUGAUGCAGACUGUGGAAAAUUCCUGCUCUCACAACUGCAUGCUGCGAUGACGAUGAAAUCAGCUUCGGUCUGGAAAUUCAUACUUAGAGCGCAGAUGAAGUUAUUCGAGGCGUGCGGAGACGGAUUGCAAGGCGCGGAGCUCACAAAAGUUCUGGAAGAUCUCGCUAGGUUGAGACAAUCAGACGAAUGUUUCUGUAAGGCUGAACUCGAUUUCACUAUUGGAGCAGCAGUCCGACACAUUGGAGUUGCCGCUGUCAUGAAUGUUUUGUCGUUGGAUGUUGAUCCAGAUGCAGCAAUUCUGUCAACUGAUUUCACUCGCUCCUGGCUGCUUCCAGUGCUUCGUGUCAACAUUCACAACGCACCAAUAUCUCUGUUCAUCUCCCACUUCCUUCCAAUUGCUAUGAAGAUCCAUCGCCGUCUUCCGACACUUCAGGCACAAGUGCAAAGACUCUACAGUACCUUCCAAUUUCAACUAUGGGAAUUGCUUCCAUCAUUCUGUGAAUCACCAUCAGAUCUGGAGACUUCGUUUCCUGAUAUUGCACCAAUUCUCGGAGCUGCUCUGAAUGAGAGGAAAGAUCUGCGAAUGACCGUUUUGAACGCGAUCAGACGCGCACUUCGUUUUUCGCUCGAGCCAGAUGCUCCUGCUGAGCGUAUGGAGGUUAUGAGUCGGUACGCAAAGAAUUUCAUGCCGAUUUUCUUCAACAUGUACACUGGAUCUGUUGUGGACGGCGGUUAUGACGACAAAGGCGUCCGUCUUUCGGUUCUUGAAGCUAUCCGUCUUUAUACUGAAGUCACUCCUGCGGAAUUGGUGACUCGAUACGUGGAUAGUGCUAUUGCGAAGUCCAAAGACGGAGAGGACACAACUUCGACUACUGUAGCAUCACAAAAACAGGCUCGCGUUUUGGAUAUUCUCUGUGCUCUGGCCAAAGUGGCUGAAAAUGAUAACAUUUCCAAAAUUUUGGAUACCAUUCUGCCAUGGUUUAAUUCAGUCGAUACAAAUGGUGUUCAAAAGAAGGCAUAUAGGAUUUUGGAAGAGGUUAUUCAAAGAAGAUCGAAUCAGGAAAUCGAGCAUCUUCUAGAGACACGCAACGACUAUAUUGAAAAUGCUUUGUUAAAGCCAAUCGAAUCAAUCAGUUUCCCAGCUCGAGCAUCUUACUGCUCUUGUGUUCAUAUGAUGUUCGAUGGAUGCAGUACAAUGAAAGAAGUCAUGGAUAUGACACAAAAACUCAUUCGCAACAUCAUCAUGCUUCUCGACAAAGAUAACAAUGUCCACACUCGUCAAAACUCGAGCAAAUGCAUUCAAUUCGUUUGUAGUAAAAUCCUUGAUCUCGUAGAAGACGCGACUGUGGAUACUCCAUCUGCUGUUCUCGAACCUGUUCUCUCAAAACUGUAUGAGCUCACAACUCUCACAGCUACUCAAAAAACAACUGGAGACAUCCCUCUGCACGUUGCCAGAUCAUGUUUGGUUGCUGCUAACAUUAUUGCUCAAAAACAAAUCAAAGUUCUAAACACAGUAGCCACAGCAAAGAUGAUCUCCUUCGCUUGUUCAUGGGUUGGUGAGGGACGUGCAGCAGUCAGAAUCUUGGCGAUCCGUUUGCUGCGUGUUCUCUGUCAGAAAAUCCCUGAAGUCAUGCUUCAACAGUUCCGUGAGCAAAUUCUUACCACCGUCUUCGAAGGACAACUUACCAGUGAUUUGACUAUCAAAGUUCGUAAAGCCAAUCGAUUACUUCUCGAGGUUCUUGUCGAAAAAUUCGGUGUCAAUGUUCUUCAAAAAUACACCGACAAACAAGACUGGAUCAAACAAAUGAAAAACAUUGAGAAGAUAAGAAAGCGCAAGCUCCGAAAGGCAUCAGGAGAAGGAAUGGAGCAAGAUGGAAGCGAUGAUGACGGUGCCAGUGCUAUCAGCGGAUCAAAUGUAUCUGGAAGAACUGCUGGAGCCGAUACUAUUCUCGAGCUUCUCGAAGACUCGGAUGCAGAAAAUGAUAGUGAUUCAGAAGAACAAUUGAUGAAGAAAUCUCGCGUUGGAAGUGUCUGGUUGAAAAAUGAAGGAGACGGCGAUGUUCCUAUGGAUCUUCUCGAUUCAUCGCGAAUGAUGGAUCAAAUUACUACAAUGAAUCCAGCUGUUCUUGAGAAACGAAAGAAGAAGGCAUUGGAGAAACGCCAAAAAGUAGAAGCAGGAUUCCAGUUCUCAAAGGACGGAAAGAUGAUUGUUCUUGGUGAUGAUGAAGAGAACGAAGAUAAAAAACAAAUCGGAAAGAGGAAGAUGAGAAGUGGCUUUGAUGGUCUUGGUGAUGAUGAAGACGAUGGUCCGACACGAGGAAGCAAGCAUGUCAAAGAGAACAGUGACUCCGAGGAUGGAAUUAUGGAUGAUGACGAUGAUGACGAGAGAGACGCUAAAACUUAUGUCAGUCGAGCACCAUCCUAUGGUGGAAAGGGUAUCUACAGAGAUACUUCCGCGAAAUCCCAAGUGGGCAGCUCAGUUGGAUCCAAGAAGCAGCAACGUUCGAAGCAAGAUCAGAAGCAGAAGCCGAAGCAAAAAGGAGUUCAGCCAUAUGCAUACGUUCCACUUCGAAACAAGACGGCUAAACAGGAUGUCCGUCAAAUCCUAAAAGCCAAGAGAAAGAGUGGCAAAGGAAAGAAAGUCACAUUUUAA